UUGUUAUCAAAUAUCUCUCUCUCUCUCUCUCUCUAACUCUGUUUCUCUCUCUACUUCUCUACCAAAACACACACACACCCACAUUCUGAUUCUCUUUGUCUCUCUGUCACCGUCUUGUUCUAUAUCUUGCACUGUCGUCAUGGUUCCCGCAAUAUAAAAACCCUAAUUUCACACUCAGCACAGAGACAAGAUAAUAAACACAGAAUUGAAGGGAUUUGAGGGCUAGAUUUAUGUCCCACAAUCAAUCAAGGGCUGAGAGGAGCGAUUCAUCACAGCUCAGAAAAUCGGCCCGAUCCGGGAACUCUUCUCAGCCGAGGACUUUCUCAGGCGGUACCGGGAAGGGCGGCGGCGGGACCGCCCCUCCACUCUCUUCAAUCAAUUCGUCUUCUUCGUCCAAUCGAAGUUUUAAGAAGCCUAAUAAUGCACAAGGAGGACAAUCUAGGGUAAGCGGUGUGGCAGUGAAUUCAGAUUCUAAUAAUUCUUCUGCUGCCCGUUCUCUUCAGAAUGGUUCCCAUUUGCAACCCCCAGUUCAUGUUGAUCCCUCAGUCACAGGCGUCACCGUCAAGCCGGCAACUGAUAUGGCAACUCAGAAAAGUGCCCGAGCUAUUCCCAAAGCUCCAUCUUCUCAGUCCGCUGCUGUCAGUUCCGAUACCACAGUUCCUGCAACUCCUUCAAAGGGAGACGCUUCUAAAUCAUCAUUUUCUCUGCAAUUUGGGUCCAUAAGUCCUAGUUUUAUGAAUGGAAUGCAGAUACCUGCUCGAACUAACUCAGCACCCCCAAAUUUGGAUGAGCAGAAACUUGACCAGGCACGUCAUGAUGCUUCAAGAGCGGUGCCUACGUUUCCAAUUCCAUCUGUUCCUAAGCAGCAAAUGCUAAGAAAGGAUGGAGGUUCUGGUGACCAACCUAGUACUGGUGAGGCCCAUCAAAUGUCCAAGGCCAAAAGGGAUGUUCAAAUUUUGCCCACACCCCCCGUAGCCCAAACUCAGAAGGCUUCUGUUCAUCCUAUCCCUGGGGUUUCUGUGCAAAUGCCAUUUCAUCAACAACAAGUCCCCGUUCAAUUUGGUGGCCCCAACCCACAGAUUCAGUCUCAGGGCAUGACAGCCACUUCAUUGCCAAUGCCAUUCCCCAUGGGAAAUGCUUCUCAACUGCAGCAGCAGGUAUUUGUUCCAAGUGUACAAGCCCAUCCAUUGCCACCUCAGGGGAUUAUGCAUCAAGGUCGCGGCUUGAAUUUCACACCUCAAAUGGGUCCCCAGCUGCCUCAGUUAGGCAAUUUGGGAAUUGGCAUUAACCCACAAUUCACACAACCGCAGGCAGGAAAACUCGUGCCCCCCCGUAAACCUGUCAAGAUUACUCAUCCAGAUACCCAUGAAGAGUUGAGGCUUGGUAGGAGGGCCGAUACUUGUAUGGAUGGUGGGUCAUCAGGCCCAAGGUCGCAUCCAAAUGCUCCACAAUCCCAGCCUAUUACAUCAGUUCCACCUCCUCAUCCUAUCAGCUACUACUCUAAUUACAAUCCGAAUCCCCUUUAUUUUCCUGGGCCAAGUUCUGUUCCUUUAAAUAGUAACCCAAUUAAUCCAAGUUCUCAGCCACAAAGGUUUGGCUAUUCAGUUAGCCAGAGCCCACAAACUGUAUCUUUCAUGAACCCUUCUGCUCAUAACUCCUAUGCCAAUAAAAACAGCAGUAUAGUGCAUGGCAAUGCUGAACCAUCAAGUUUGGAACAUUCCCGUGAUGUUCAUAAUGCAAUAUCUUCAGCACCAUUAGCAUCUGUACAGGUGACAGUUAAACCAGCUGCUGGGCCACAUGUAGAAAAGUUAGCUGUUUCAUCAUUACCGGCAAUUAGCUCACUUUCUGUUGAAAAGGGUGAACCACCUAAAUUCCAACAGAAACCUGGGGAAACUAGAUCAAUUCAUCUUCAAAGGGAUUUAGAGACUCGGGUGGAACACUCUUCACAUCAGCCAAAACCUGGUCCAGAACUAAUGCCACCUUCAUUACAUGUGGCAGGUGAACAAUCUAGUGCAGCAUCUCCUCUUUCUGUCGAGGGUACAGUAUCCAAUUCAGUCUCCUCUGCCUCUCUUGCUCCCCUUGAGGAGUCAGCACCUGUUAUGACCCAUAGUGCCGAAGGCAGAAGAAGAGAAACAAUUAGUAGGUCCGACUCCAUUAAGGAUCAACAGAAGAAGCAGACCAAAAAAGGACAUUCUCACUCACAGCAUCAGGUUUCUGGACAAUCUACCUCAAUUUUGGGCUUGCCUUCUCAUUCUUUAGAGCAUACUAAUUCUUUUAACAGUGGCACUGCUGAGACUGUACAUACUAAAACAUCCCCUUCAUCAAGAAGUACCAGUGGAGGCAUUAUGGAAGUGGAAUCUACCAGGGAACCUCUGUCCACCAAUAGUGCUGCUUCUCCUGAUGCUCCUGAAUUAAGAAGUGAUAUUGAAGUGCAAGGCUCCACGUGUGAAUCCUCCAAAACAUUUGGAACUUCAGUAGUUGUUGAUAGCUUGGACACAGA